AUGAAGCACUAAACAAACACAAAAUCUUGUACAAAGAAACUAAAUUAGCAAUAAAAAUAGUUUUCUUAUGUUCCAUAUUUUGAAUAUUCUUAAUAAAAGCAUGAAGUAAUUUGGGCUUUAUCAUUAAAUUAAUAAAAAACUCUUCUAUUUGCAGCUACAAAAGAAAAUGUGAAGGUUAAGCAAUUUAAAAAUGGAAGAUUGAGAGGAUUACAAAAAAUCAAAAUGCAUUCUUAAGAUGUGACAACUAUGAAUAUUUUAAAGAGUCGAUCAUAAUAUAUCUCAGGCUCAUUUGAUUCUACCAUAUGUAUAGGAUCAUAAUAUCUAAUGUCAAAUCCAAAAUAUAUUACUAAACUUAAGUAACAUUCUUAAUGGGUUAGUUGUGUUAUAUUGCAUCCUAUUUUAGAAGAUUAAUUAAUGAGUGGCUCUAGUGAUCUUAAUAUUUAAAUAUGGUCUUGGAACUCAUUCUUAUAAUCAUGGUUUUGUUCCUAAACUAUAUGUGAGCAUUAAGGAUAAAUAUUUUCAAUGUCAAUUAAUCAAGAAGGAAAUUAAUUCAUCUCUUGUGCAACUGAUUAAAGUAUUUUAGUCAUGGAGAGCUCUGAAAAAAGAACAUGGUAAGUAAAAUAGAAAAUUAAAGUUAAUUAAUGGGGAUUCAGAUUGAGUUUCAUUAAUAAUAAAAUUUUUGUAUUUUAACCAAGUGAACAGAAUAAUUGGCAUGGAUCAAAAAAUAUCCAUUUUUAUUAAUUCAAUUCAUCUUCAAAUCAAUAUGUUAUUUCAUAAGAGAUUUAAGUAAAAGGAGGAGGAUAUCCUUGUUAUUGUUAUUUUCCUUAGAUUUACAUUCCUUCCAAAUAAAUCUUACUUUCUAAAAAUGGCCAUUUUGUUAAUUUAAUUUAAUUAACUUAUUCUCCCACUUCACAUCUUGAAUGCAAUUAUUAAUAAAAUAUAGAUUGUAAAUGUGAAAUAACUACAGGAACUAUGAGUGAAGAUGGAGAAUUUUUGAUAAUCUUUAAUAUUGAUACAAAAAAAAUUCAAAUCAGAAAAUUCCAGUUAUAAUGA